AAGUGAAACCGCAGAUACAACACAGAAACCGCAGGUUUAAAAGAGAGAGUGGGUGGUUUUGGCAGAAGCGUGAGCAGGUAGAAGCCGCUCCGUGUCGCUGCUGCUGCCCCUCAUAUGUAACACAAUCCCGCUGGGGAGGAACAAACAGCGAGCAAGCAGGGAAAUGCAAGCAUUGACUUAAUUAAUCGGCGCCGAUAAUGCGAAGAUAGGAAGGGAAAAGCUAUCCCGAAGCGUAAUUUAUUCUGUCUCGUAUUUGGAGAAGAGAAACAAACGAGCAUAGAGAAAAACUUCCUUAAAUGACCAGGGUUCUGUGAGACUGAGCUGGACAACCCGGUGAAUCGAGUUUGCGAAGUGCUCUCACAUUUCAGUUGUGUCUCAGCAGCAACAAGACUUGUUCGAAGCUCCUACACGGGGAAUGAACUCUUUGGACCACUGAUCAUUUGGGGACUUUGACUGCGCCUCUAAACAUUUUUUUUCAAAUAUUGGCCUCUCAAGCAGCCAAUAUAACCGACAUAUAGACUAUAAAGGAGUUGUUCCUCAAGUCCGCGGCAAUGGGGGAGCAGCCGAUCUACACCACCAGGGCCCAUGUCUUCCAAAUCGAUCCAACCACCAAGAAGAACUGGGUUCCUGCCAGCAAGCAAGCUGUCACCGUCUCCUAUUUUUUCGACAGCACACGUAACAGCUACCGCAUUAUCAGCGUGGAUGGAACCAAGGUCAUCAUCAACAGUACCAUCACACCCAACAUGACGUUCACCAAGACAUCGCAGAAGUUUGGCCAGUGGGCAGACAGCAGAGCCAACACUGUGUUUGGACUGGGCUUUGCUUCAGAGCAGCAACUGGCCAAGUUUGCUGACAAGUUCCAGGAGGUGAAAGAAGCAGCCAAGCUAGCAAGGGACAAGUCUCAUGAGAAGGGGGAGACGAUGAGUAAUCACUCCCAGGAGUCUGGACGUGAGACACCCUCAACCAACCAGGCGUCCAGCUUUAACGGGACAGAUGAUGAGAAAAUCUGUCACGUCGUUCCGGAGGCUACCGUGCUGAAAAGUGAGAACGAACGCCUCAAGAGUGCGGCAGAACAUAGUAACACUAACACCAAGAAGUGGGAAACAGAACUGCAGACUUUAAGAGAAAAUAAUGCCAGGCUGGUGGAUGCGCUGCAGGAGUCUUCAGCCAAUGUGGAGAGCUGGAAAAAGCAACUUAGUGCCUGCAAGGAAGAGAGUGACAUGCUCAGGGGAAAGAUUGCUGAACUAGAAGCCCAGUGUAAUGAAGUCAAUCAGGACAAGCAGAGAAACACCCAGCUGAGAGUACGAGUGCAGGAGCUGGAGGCUGAGCUACAGGAUAAAGAGCAGGAGCUGGAGAACCUGAGGAAGCAGGCAGAGAUAAUCCCUCAGCUCAUGGCGGAGUGUGAUGGCAUCACUACAAAAUUGCAGGCUGCAGAGAUGAGGAACAAGGAACUGGAGGGGACAAUAGAGGGUCUUCAGAUGGACAUAAACAACACUCGAAAAAAGCAGGGCAACAUGAAGGUCGAGCUGAAGAAGUUCAUGGAUAUUCUGGAUGGAAAAAUAGAUGAGCUGCAUGAGGUCAGGCAGGGGCUUUCAAAGCUAGGCGUUGAUAACUGAGAAACAUUGCACUGAGCUGAAAGGGUCAGAGGACAGGUACGAAGAAUACACUACAGUUUGUCUUCACCUACUUCCCCAAGGUGAUGUCCACUCAAACUACCCACUUUGGCUUCUAAUAAACACUACCAUGUGAGGAAGAUGUUUUGGAGAGGGAGAGAAAGAGAGACUGGCAGACUAUGAGGAGGAAGGCCAGCAUGCUCCACCAAAUGGCUCCACUGUGUACGCUGGCAUACUGAAACUAAAUCAAAAGUCACAUUUUGAGCUUACUUAUCCGUUUCUGUGGGGGGAAACGGCUUUAAAAAGCUGGUGGCGGGUUCUUUGAUUCUGUCCAUCUUUCUUUUUCUACAGGCAGUCUGAGCUUAGAGUAGAACAGGGGACUUAAAAGGGCUAAAAUGAGCAACACAUGAAGACAAUGCUGUUCAGCAUCACUCAAGUAAUAAUUGGUGUCACUCCUUGUGGGUCCCCUCAGAAAAUUGGGAGAUAAAACCUUUCCACAGACUGCCCCCGUUGUUGCCUCUCGUCUAUCUCAGGUGUGUUUGAAGACGGUUUAUACGCAUUAGAUUAUAUGCACAUGUAAAAUGGCCGGGACACAAAGUGCCUCCAGGUGAGUCUAAAUCUACCUGGCAAGGAGAACUGGCCAAGUGAUGACCAUCACCAUAAUAAUAACUUGAUGGUUUUUGUGUGGAAAAAUACACAUCUUUGCUAUUGAAAUGAGAUGAAAAGAAAAUGCAAGCAGGCAAGCCCAUCCCACGGAUGUUACUAUACUUAAUGGAUGUUAAUUUGGUGAGAAACUCAAAGGACAAAACAGGCAUUUGCACAAAAACU